UGUUAUUACAUUUCUCCUAUUUUAUUCAAAUUAAAGUCCCGGCAAUUAAUAAUGCGAGCAAAGUUCAUGAAGCAAAAGUGAAUAAUUACAAAAUGAAAUAAUCAAUUCUGAAAAUUUGAGCAAAUCGAGGCACCCAAUCCCAAUCUCACCUGUGUUCACAAUCAUUGUGUUUAUUCCCCUGUUUUGAGUUUUUAGCAGUAGAAUUUGCAGUGCUACAAUCCUUGAGUUCAUUUCAGUUUUGAAUAUUAAUUUGAAAUUCGCAAGAACUGGGAGUGUGAGGUUAGGGUUUUGAUUUUGAUUUCGCAGUGUGGAAAUUGAGGAUAAUGGAGGUGAUCCUCCAUGUAUAUGAUGUGACAAGUAGUGCUUCAGACAAGACGAACAAUACAAUUAUGCAGAUCAACAAGAUCUUCAAAGAUGGUAUAGGCCUUGGUGGCAUCUUCCACAGCGCCGUUCAGCAGGUUUAUGGGGAAGAUGAGUGGUCAUUUGGGUAUUGUGAACAAGGUACUGGAGUCUUUAGCUGCCCAGCUGGAAAGAAUCCAAUGUAUAGAUACCGUGAAAGCAUCAAACUUGGAAUGACAGAUUUUUCCAUCUUCAAGGUUAAUCAGAUUCUGAGGGAACUUAGUAGAGAGUGGCCUGGACAUUUGUAUGAUUUGUUAUCAAAAAAUUGUAAUCAUUUCUGUGAUGAAUUCUGUGACAGACUUGGCGUGCCAAAGCUUCCUGGUUGGGUAAACAGGUUUGCAAAUGCUGGUGAUACUGCGGCUGAAAUAGCAGGAAACACAGCUUAUCGGUUGAGACAAGCUAAAACUGAAAUUGUAGCGGCUAGCAAAAUUGCCUACCGAUUCCUUGCUGGAGUUGCUUCCAACAACUCAAUUGCAACUCCGGGUUCCCCUGUUAACUCCCCUAGAGGAAGUCCCAGAUUCCAAGCUACUUGGUUCAAGAACCUUAUUUCUUCUGGUUCUAAACCAUCUACUAGUUUAGAACUGGAAAAUCGGGAAGAAGAGCUGAUGAGGGAGCGUAAGCAUGAAGGAGCAGAAACUCCUAUAAUCCAGUGUUCACGAUAUGCAAUCUGAUACCAUAUCAUCACCAACAACGUCAUUCUCCGUGCUGGCAGGGCGCACACAAUCUUUGGCAAGUUAUUUUGUUGUGGAACUUCUGGACUGGUGUAAAAUGUUAGUUUCCUGUUUUUGAAUUUGUACACUAAAGUUCAGGUGCAAAAGUCAACAUUUCGAAAUAGCGAUGAAUCUAACAGUAAUUCUUCAUCAUUGACAUGCCAUCGUCAAUAUUAUCAGGGUUUUUUGUUCAUUUUUAAUCAAAUCAGUCCGUUUUACUCCCUCCUUA